ACCGGACAGAGGCACAUCGGGCUGGGCACCGGACAGAGGCACAUCGGGCUGAACACCGGAUCACCAGGCGGAGCAGCGGGCACCGGGCCACCAGGCGGGGCGGCAGGCACCGGGCCACCAGGCGGGGCGGCAGGCACCGGGUCAUCUGGCAAGACGACGGGCACCGAGUCAUCUGGCAAGACCGCGGGCCCCGAGUCAUCUGGCAAGACCGCGGGCCCCGAGCCAUCUGGCAAGACAGCGGGCUCCAAGUCAUCUGGCAAGACAGCGGGCCCCGAGUCACCAGGCACGACAGCGAGCUCUGAGUCAACCGGCACGACAGCGGGCUCCGAGUCAACUGGCACGACAGCGGGCACCGGGUCAUCUGGCUCGACAGCGGGUACCGGGUCAUCAGGCAUUAGAUCGUCUGGCUCGACAGCGGGCAUCGGGUCAUCAGGCACGACAGCGGGUAUCGGGUCACCAGGCAUG